AUAGAAAAAGUGUCUGAUAUUGUUCCCGCAGAUAAGAAAAGCGUCCAGGAUGAGGAAUUGUCUGAAGUGUAUACGGAGCCAAGUGGAACCAAGGUCGAGACGGACAGCAAACGCGACGAGUUGCAAAAGUUACGAGAAAGCAUUCAAGCUCUGUGCCAAGCUAUAAGUCCUCUCGGAAAGUUUAUAGACUAUCUACAGGAAGACGCGGAAGCUAUGGCCAAGGAGUACCAGUUCUGGAUUAUAGAACAACAAAAGCAUGGUGCGGAUCUCGAAAGGGAGCGAUUGCGCACGGAUGAAGUUAUUCAAGCCGAGUCUAGGAAGAUACUCGAUCUGGAGGAGCAGAUCAAACGCCAAGAACAGCUCAACAAUAUAGCGAAAGCUGAGAUACUCAAAAACGACGAAACCGCCAUGGCGUUACUCCAAGCAGCUUCAACAGCCAGGAGGUUAACCAGAGAGACGUGACAAAGUUGUUUUGUUAUAGUGAAUCCAUGCUUCUUUUUGUUUUUUGAGUUGACUACUGUUCUAGGCUACUACACAGUGGAAAAUGAUCCGAAAAGGCUACGUCUCCGUGAGCGAUGGCCAGAUUCACUAUCGCCGAGCAGAUCCGGAAGGGAAUUCUCUGGGAAGUUUUCUUCUUCUCCACCAGCAUCCAAGCUCAUCAAAGAUGUGGGAGCCCGUCAUGCCAUUGCUGGCAAGUCGAGGAUACCAAGCAGUGGCGAUAGACAUACCAGGCUAUGGCGAGUCCUUCCACUGCGAAGUCAGCCUCGAGACCAUCGCAAGGUACGUCUUUGAAGCGAUUCCCUUGCUAACUCUCUCGGAGCCAAGCAUUGUCGUGGGUCAUCACAUUGGAGCAGCCGUAGCUAUGCAGCUUGCGGUGGAUUUCCCGGAGAGUGUGAAGAAGCUGGCACUGUGGGGGGUCCCGAUUCUAGACGAGAGCGUGAAGAAGUUCGUGCCGGAAGCUCCAGACUUCGAGGACGAGGAUCUCAAAGCCGUGAUAAAGUUCUGGAAGAUCAGGAACAAGGUGCCGGGAAAGCCAGGCUACAAAAUGCCGCCUCACGCUCGAGCUUCGAGGCUGCUGGAGAUGCUCCAGAGCAAUCCCAGGGCGCGGGAGCUCCCUCUUCUUCUCAAAGUCGAGAGCUUGGUGGACAGAAUCACGCAGCCGACGCUUUGCAUGUGUGGCGACCACGAGCUUCUCAAAGAUGCUACCAUCAAAACGUCCAAAGAGUUUCGCAAUGGAGAGCUUUGCUUCAUCCAGGACGGUGGAAUGGACGUCCAGAUCGAGCUCCCGGAAGAAUUCGCGAGCGCUCUCGUCGGGUUUGCGUGAAAGCUCUCGCUUUUCUUCUUUAUGAAUGAAAGAAUCGUCUCUAUGUA